UAAAAGUGCGCUCGGUAGUGCCAAUUUUAACGAAAGUACAAACUUAAGAACAUAAAAUAACAAGCGGGAAUGAUAAAAGUGUAUUUAAAGGACUUUGAAUUUACUGACUUGGCCUUUUCUUCAAGGUGUUUCGCACCACAGUGUGAAGUGAAAUAUUUAUGUAUUUAAAAGAAAGCAAGGAUAAAAAUGUCUACCACCACUACUAUUGCUGUUGAGAUCACGAAGAGCGUGGCCGCCACAACCGCUGCUUCUCUGCCGUCUGGACGAAAUUUCACUUUCGGUGGCGUAGAUUAUGUUGUCUUCAGUUUGAUGUUGGCCGCCUCUGCCGCAGUUGGAAUAUACUUUGGUUUCUUUUCAAAGUCCAAAAAUACCACAGAUGAGUAUCUCAUGGGGGGCAAGCGUAUGAAAGUCAUACCCAUUGCUAUAUCUUUGAUCGCAAGUCAGUUAUCAGCCCUCUCCAUAACAUCACUUCCUGCCGAGAGUUAUUCCUUUGGUAUCAAUCACUUCUUUAUCAUUUUAUCCAUGGUUUUCGUGGCUCCAUUACUAUGCUACGUUAUUACUCCAGUCUUCUAUGAAAACAACAUUUUCAACUGUUAUGAGUAUUUGGAGAAGCGUUACAACAAACGCACGCGACAGCUGGUCACGAGCACAUUUAUCUUGAAUGCCUUUCUGCUCUUACCAGUAAUUAUAUUCAUUCCCGCAUUGGCUUUUGCACAAGUGACUGGCUUGAAUAUCCACGUAGUCAAUGGUGUGGUUUGCUCGAUUUGUGUUUUCUACACAAUGUUAGGUGGCAUCAAAGCUGUUGUGUGGACCGAUGUGCUGCAGGGCGGCGUUAUGCUUUUAUCUGUGAUAUUGGUGGGGAUCUUGGGCACCAUAAAGACCGGAGGACUGAGUAAAGUUUUUGAAUAUGCUAGUGAAGGUGGACGUUUGGAUUUAAACUUUUCUAUCGAUCCACGCAUGCGUAUCACGGUAUGGAAUUCAAUGAUAUGUGGCUUUAUGAUGUGGACUGGUCAUGUGGGCCUAAAUCAGAGCUGUGUGCAACGUAUAGUCUCACUGCCUUCCUUAAAGCAUGCUCAAAAAGCGCUCUGGUUAAGUUGCCUUGGUUUCUUAGUCAUAAUGACCAUAAAUUGUUUUAUUGGCAUUGUGAUGUAUUCUUACUAUCAUGACUGUGAUCCAAUCAAAGCAGGGUUGGUCAAUAAACCUGAUAAAAUGGUGCCGUUCUUUGUGCAAGAUAUCAUAGGUCAUCUAAUUGGCAUGCCUGGUUUAUUCAUAUCUUGCGUCUUCAGCGCCGCGCUCAGCUCCAUGUCCGCCAUGUUGAACUCCCUGGCCGGUGUGAUGUACUUCGAUUACAUUAAGCCCCGCAUUAAGAAAUACCACACAGAAGAGCGUGCCAAUUUCAUAAUGAAGCUCAUUAUUGUGGCUAUGGGUUGCUAUUGUGUGGCUGGUGGCUUGAUGGUGGAACGUUUCGAUUCCAUACUACAGCUGGUAAUAACAAUUACCGGUAUCAAUACCGGGUCUGUAGUCGGUGUUUUCUUGCUGGGCAUGCUUGUACCCCGCACCAAUGGUAAGGUGGCCGUGGCUUCAAUUAUUUUCAGCAUUUUAAGCAUGUUUUGGAUUAUCAUUAAUGGACAGAUGCGUGCUAGGGAAGGUGCCAUUCGAUAUAUCCCGCUACCCUCAAACAUUGAAGGAUGUGCAGCACACAAUUUACAAGUCUUGACUAAAUCUAUUUCGAACACUACAAACGCCGUUAGCUUACAAAUGCUCGCACAAGGAGUGGAGGAGCCAAAGGUCACCACAGCUUUUGGUAGUAAUCGUGAAUUUUCUAUUUACGAAAUAUCCUUUUACUGGUACAAAGUUAUUGGAGUUUCACUUGUCUGGCUGUUGGCCAUUCCACUAAGCUAUAUUUGGCGGCGAGAUGAAGCCGAUAAAAUUAAUCCACAUCUCUUCGCGCCUUUCGUACAGCGUUUCUUAAAAGUAAGUAAGCCUUUGGAAAUGGAAGAGUACCCACUGAAAACAACCACUACAGCAGAUGAGAAGGAAACCGAUGGCGGUACAACAAUUCCGAUGCCGGAAAAAAUCGAAAAUAGCAACUAAUAAAACUAAAUAGUAUAAUUAA